CAUCCAACUUGCGUUGAGCUGUGUGGCACGAUGUACGCAUGCGCCACAGCAAUGUGAAGCGUUUUGAGGGUUUUAGCGAGCAUCUGCAAGGCGUGAACAGUUUCUGAUAAUGUAAACUAAAAUAAUAAAAAAAGUACAUGUUUUCAACAACAUGGUGACCCCGGCGGCGCUGACAUUUCGUCGGUUACAUGGCUUGUUCUGUGUUUACAAACCUCUCGGUGUGCACUGGAAGCUCGUGCGUGAUACCAUCGAGGCUAAUCUCCUUAAAGGAGUGAACGCCGCUCCUCCGCUGGCUCUCCCUCACAAGGUUCGGUUCUUGGCGGAGCCGACCAGCCGAACCGGAGAACACACAGCGCUCACCCUGACAGCAACAUCUGUGCCCGCGCUCUCCAAACAUCCUCUGGUAACUGGACCUGAAUUCCAGCACAUACGCGUUGGCGUGGGACAUCGCCUGGAUGUUUCCUCCUCUGGCGUUCUGGUUCUCGCUGUUGGGAAUGGAAACAAGAUUCUAGAUGAUCUGUACAAGACGAGAGUGACCCGGGAUUAUACGCUGGAAUGUGAAUUUGGGACGGCGACUGAUGACUUCACUCGCACGGGUCAAGUUGUGGAAAGAUCCACUUAUGAUCACAUCACUCUGGAUAAGCUGGACAGAGUUCUGGCAAUGCUGGAAGGAGCCAAUCAGAAGGCUCUGAGAGUGUUCUCCAACGUUGACAUGAGCUCUCAGGAAGCCUACGAGUUGGCUGUGCGAGGCUUACUAGGACCUGAGGGGAAAUCAUCUCCUAUUUUGACAGGACUGCGAUGCAUUCACUUCCAGCCGCCAAACUUCACUUUAGAGGUGCAGUGCCUGAACGAAACUCAGAAAUACUUGCGGAAAGUGGUGCACGAGAUCGGACUCGAACUGCGCAGCACUGCAGUGUGCAGAGGUGUGAGGCGCACCAGAGACGGACUCUUCACCUCUCGCGACGCGCUCACCCGAAACCAUUGGAGCGCUGCUGACAUUAUGCAAGCCAUCAAACAGCACCGCCGCACCAAGAAGGCUGAAAAUCACACCCAGAUUCAGGCGAAGACGCCUGUGAUCCAAACAUCUGAAGAAGGCCUCACAGCCACUAGUCAAGACAAAGUAGAGGAGAUGUCAUCAUAGACGGAAAUAAUGUAAAAAUGAGAAGAGAAAAGGAAAUUUCAUAUUGAAGAGAUUAAAGAAAUGUACUCAAAA